AUGGAUGAGACGAAUGCCAGUGCACCCGAGCCACCGGGCGACUUUUGUCGGAACCCACAGGUAACUGGUCCCUAUAUAAACCUAUAGAUGCGUUAUAGAUGUAUACAAAGUGACAUGGAAUCCUUCCCUAGAACAAAACCUUUCAUUGUAAAACGAACUAUUUUCGGCACAAAGAACUUCUUUAAGUAGUGGAUGUCAGUAAAUAGAAAUAUCAUUCAAGUUUUUAUAUUAUUCAUGUUGCAGAUCGUCUCUCCACAGUUCAUAAUUGGUUUCACGGAAAUCACGGAUUGUGCACUCCUUUUUUGUACCGUUGUCUCAUCGUGCCUUCAGCUGUUCAUCCUCCAACGAGCCUAUCAGCAUAUCCGCCGGCGGACGGCCGACAAAUGCCUUCAUGUCUUUUUGUUCUCCAUGACGUUGGCGGAUUUCAUUCUUACAGGUAAAGUUCGCUGUGACAACGGAUAGUAUAAUUAGAUAUAUAUCAUAGCGGUCAUGAAAAAUGUCUGGUUACCUGAAAUUAAAAAAAGCAUCAUAAAGGUGGCACGACAGUAGUUGAAAAGUUUAACUCGGGGAACGUAUGAAGGCACGAGUGUAAUAUAUUUUAAAAUUAGAAGGGAUUAUCGAACAGACUUCCGGACCAUACUAAUGACUGCUACAUCUUGGACUUUACAACGGAAGAAUAAACGGGAAAUUGAAAAAAAUCAAAAUAAUUGGGCAAAAAAUGUAGAUCGACGUAGUGUCACAAUUGAUUCCACGAAAUUUCAAAAUAUUGAUUUUUUGAUCUUGAAACGUUACAAUGCAUUGAAAUAUGAUUCUCUUGCAGGUAUUUGUUAUCCAAUCGAAUUCUCGCCUCGAACCAACUUCUUCCCCGAAUUUCCAUUUGCCAUAAACGCCGCCAUGCACAUGUUAUGUUGGAUCUCGUUGAUUGUUUCCUCCGUUUCACUGGUAUUUAUGAACAUUGACAAACUCGUCUACUUCCAAUUCCCUCUCCGUUAUUCCGCACACUUUACUCGGCGACGUUCGCUGAUCAUCUGCACCUUAUGCUGGACAUUAUCGACGGCGUUCGUGGUUUUCGCGUGGGUCCGACAUUCGUUUCGUUGUGUGGACGAUAACUGCGCCACAUUGGCCAUCUUCCCCAACCGUUUACAUAUUUACAUUCCGUUUAUGUUGAGUGUGGGAGUAAUCCCGACAGUGACUUCAUUGACAGUGGCCUUGUACAUCUUGAAGAUAAUGCAAUUUCAUCGAAAGCAGAUUAUGCAAGGUAAGUGUGAGGAUUAGCGCCCAGUUCCUUGAGUUUAUAUUAUUCUACCGACCUAUUCUAAGGAUUUCUUGUAAUACCCAUAAUAAGACAACACAUAAUCGGAUGUCCUUUGCAGAGAAGUUGCUCUGUUCGCCGAACACGAACGAGUCGCGUCAGAACUCGGUGUUCAUGGCGCGGAUGCGGACCUUCUACUUCGUUUUCAUGACAACCGUCUUCACGGCCAUCACGCUGCUGCCCUAUCGGUUCGUGGGGAUUUACCGCGCCCUAAAUCCCUCCCGCCGCAACGAGUGUGCCACCAUCCUGGUCUUCUGGAUCUUCAUGUACAUGGUGUAUCUAAAUUCGGUGCGUUUUUGCAGCAAAAAGAUUAAUUACUCCGCCCUGCACCAGCAUUUAAUAUUCUCCGAAUUUAGAUAGUAAAUCCUCUGCUCACGGUCACCAUCCUUCCGCAGUACCGUUUGAAAUGUUUCGAGCGCUUCUCGCUGCGAUUACAAAAGAAGACGAAGGAGCCGGAAACGGGGAUUACACACAGGGAAUCGCUGUAA